AUGUUUAACACUUGGGCCAUCACUUUACCCAAAACCGAGGAUAUUCUUCACAAGAAGCUGAAGAUGAACCCGUAUCAUCCCUUCACCUGCAAUCAGCCUAAUGGUGAGGACCACCAACAGUUUUCUGGGUUCUUCAUCUUGCUGCUCAUCCUGGCUUUGUGGAUGAUCUUCUCCUCCAUUGGCAAACGAUACUUGGUGUUGGAUAUGAACAUGGGGAUGUACAAGUUUUACAUCUCUGGCCACUUACAUUUCCAGGGCCCACUGUAUAAUAUCUACAUCCGGCUCAAAGCCCAGAAGAAUGGCUACGGGGAGCUCCUGUACAAACUGAUCCUCAAUGGUGAAAAUAUCGAGCACCAAGACCUGACUGGCAUUCGCUUCUCAGAGGCACCUGAGAAGCUGGAGAGGCUGGGAAAGCGAAUGGCGAGCAAGCUGAAUUUAAAUUAUUUCGACCACCUCGACAAGUCUGACAAACACAUCAUAAGACAUAAGCCUCCCAUCUGGCUGCAGGACGACACCGCAAUAUCACAAUGCGAAUUCAGGUCAAUGUGUAAUUAA